UCCUGAUACCAGGUUUUUAAUAACAUUGAACAGAAAAGAUGCUCUCACAGAAGAUGAGAAAACCUUAGCUUCAUAUGGGAUUGUUUCUGGAGAUCUGAUAUGCUUACUACUAGAAGAAGCAGAUGGACAACCCAACCUACCUCCUUCUUCUUCUGCUUCCCCCCUGCUUCAGAAUGGUCAUGAGCCAUCCAACAAAAGUCAGGCCAGCACUCCAAAAGAAGGUCAGAAUGAGGAGUCUGACCACCAGAAAGCUCAGGUGGAAGUUCAAAAGAGUGAUGAGAGGGCAGGAUCCAGCCUAGAAUUUCCUUCAGGAUUAGUCCCAGAAGAUGUUGACCUGGAAGAGGGUACAGGUUCCUAUCCCUCCGAACCCAUGCUGUGCAGUGAAGCUGCUGAUGGUGAAAUACCGCACUCCUUAGAGAUGCUCUAUCUUUCUGCUGAGUGUACCAGUGCCACUGAUGCCUUGAUUGUUCUACUACACCUUCUAAUGAUGGAGACAGGCUAUGUACCUCAGGGGACAGAAACCAAGGCAGUAUCUAUGCCAGAGAAAUGGAGAGGGAAUGGUGUCUAUAAACUACAGUACACGCACCCCCUUUGUGAAGAAGGUUCUGCUGGUUUGACUUGUGUGCCUUUGGGAGAUCUUGUUGCUGUUAAUGCAACAUUAAAAAUCAACAAAGAGAUUAAAGGUGUUAAGAGAAUACAGCUAUUGCCAGCAUCCUUUGUUUGUUUUCAGGAGCCAGAAAAGGUUGCAGGUGUUUACAAAGAUCUUCAGAAAGUAUCCCGUCUCUUUAAAGACCAGUUGGUUUACUCUCUUCUGGCGGCUGCCCGACAAGCUCUGAACUUGCCAGAUGUGUUUGGCUUAGUGGUCCUCCCUCUUGAGCUCAAGCUUCGGAUUUUCAGACUUCUUGAUGUCCGUUCACUCAUCUCUCUUUCUGCUGUUUGCCGUGACCUUUACACAGCUACAAAUGACCAGCUUCUGUGGAGGUUCAUGUAUCUGCGAGAUUUCCGAGAUCCUAUUGCAAGGCCUCGUGACACAGACUGGAAAGAACUAUACAAGAAAAAGUUGAAACAGAAGAAGGAGGCCCUGAGAUGGAGGCAUAUGAUGUUUUUGCCCCCUACACCACAUCCAAUCCCCUUUCAUCCCAACCCAUUCUAUCCUAAUCCCUUUCCUCCCAACCCAUUCCCAUCAAACCCAAUCUAUCCCCCCAUGAUCAUUGGUGGAGAAUAUGAUGAAAGACCAACGCUUCCAUAUGUUGGAGACCCAAUUAACUCACUCAUUCCUGGCCCAGGAGAAGCACCGGCCCAGUUUCCUCCAUUCAGACCACAUUUUGACCCAAUUGGUUCUCUGCCAGGAGCAAACCACACACUUCCAGGACGAGCUGGUCCCAGUGACAGGUUUCCACCUAGACCCAGCCGGGGCCGCCCCAUGGACAUUCGCCGUGCAUUCAUUUGAUUGCUGCAUUUUCCUUCAGUGAGUUUUCUAGUCCCUGAGCUUGCUUUCUAACUGCAGGAGAUUGCAAAUCCCAGGCACUAACAUCUGCCUUCUCUUCUGAUUGUAGCAAGAACACGCGUGCAUGGUAAUGUUUCAACCACAAAGGCUGGGUUUGUGUUAUGCUCUGGUAGUACUGUACCACCUGGCACUAAGGUCUAUUUCACAGAGCUACAACUUAGGACAGUUUGUUUUGCUCUUCCCUGCCACCCCCUUUGCCCUUAAUCAUCUGUGAAGUGCUACUUGGAGACCAGAAGGAUACCGGCCAAAUAAUUUGCUGCAUCAGAUAAAGAGCACUUUAAAUACAAA